CUGCCGUCAUUGUGGUCAGAGUUCCAGCAUGCUAACAUGAAAACACAGAGGGAGGAGAUACGGCGGCGGGUAAACAGCAACGGGGCAACUACACAUUUGGCUCUAUGUCUGUAGUAAACAUAUUUUCGGACAGAGAAGGAUAUCUGGACUCCUACGAGUCUUCAAUGUCAGCCCUUCAGGCUCAGCAUUGCUGCUAGACUUCAUCCUCACACAACACUACUGUACCAAGACAAGCUUGGUGUGAAAAGCUUUAUUGACUUCUAUGGUGGUGUGGCAGGAGUACACAACUCAGGAAGAUGGCAUCACCUUUUGUGCCUGUUCCUGUGCCCAUGGACAGAGCCUUGUCCCGUGGUAGCAACAAGCUGAGACGGGCGCAGCGAGCUUCAUCGCUAGGAAGUGUCUCCAGCAGCUCAGAGUCUUCGUCUUCAAUCGCCAGGAUGGCUGGGGAGGAACAUGGGGGAGUCGGAUGCAGAGAAUUAGAUUCCCAACAUCAGUCUCGCUGUGCGGACAGGGGUGGCCGCAGCCGAACGCCCCCACCCCUUCAGAGCCCUGUGACACGGGCUAAGUUGAACGGGACUCUGGAACCAUCUGUCGAAUACUCGAGCUGUCCGCGGUCUAUAUCGGAUCCUAGUGGUAGCCAGCAAGCUGAGGAGAGGCCUAUCACCCCCACUGUGCUGGGGUAUGAGGUCAUGGAGGAGAGGGCCAAGUUCACGGUGUAUAAGAUCCUGGUGAGAAAGACUCUAGAUGAGAGCUGGGUUGUUUUCAGAAGAUACGCUGACUUCUCAAGACUCAAUGACAAGCUGAAGGAGACGUUUCCAGGCUUCCGCCUCUCACUGCCUCCUAAGCGCUGGUUCAAAGACAACUAUGACAGCAACUUCCUGGAAGACAGACAGUUAGGACUGCAAGCUUUUUUGCAAAACUUGGUUGCACACAAGGACAUCGCCAACUGCCUGCCGGUGAGAGAGUUUCUGUGUCUCGAUGAUCCACCUGGGCCUUUUGACAGUCUGGAGGAGAGCAGGGCGUUCUGUGAGACUCUGGAGGAGAGCAACUAUCGUCUACAGAAGGAGCUGCUAGAGAAGCAAAAGGAGAUUGCCUCCCUAAAGAGGAGACUGGAGGAGAGGGAGCAAGCCAUCCUACUACUGGAAAAGCAUAUCAACGAUGAGUGUGUUAGUCCAGAGUCUCCAUGUCGACUGUCAGCUCAGGGCAGUGAGAGCAGUGCAGAUGUGGAGUCAUCUGCUGCAGAGGCCGAUCAGGACAUCCCUGAAGACACCGGUGCUGCCCCAAUGUGAAAAUAAAGAGCCCCAUAACAUAUGAGGUACUUUCAAUUGCAGCUCAGCAGGCUAACACUGUGGCAUACUGUUUCCUCCCCCCACUCUGUUCUUCUUGCCAAUAACAUGCAUCCCACUGCUAACUGCACAGUAAAGAUGUCAUGUUUAAUGAUGUUGGCGUGUUUAAGGAUGGGUUCGGAUUGCUUUCAAGUCGGUCUAAGUGCAGCGCUCACAUGGUAAAUGUGCGUUUAAUUCCCGUGUUCCCCGGAGCUGCACACAUUACAUGUAAGUGCUGUAUUAAGAUUUAUUUGAAAAAUAAACAAACCUGUCUUUAAAGUGCUCGGAGUCGGGAUGUUUCUCCGGAUUGGGGUGAUUUCACUUUCAGUAAAAGUAGUUCAGAAAAAUGUCUCCUGAUCAAAGUCCGGUCUUAACAAACCACAUAUUGAUUUAAACCUGUCACAGGAUUAUGCUUUUUAAGGGACAACUAUCUGAGUUAAAGGAUGUGUUUAAAAAUAGUCUAGUUUUAAAGCAAGUGACCUGAAAUUGAUUUUGCCCCAGCUGUGGUGUGUAUUUGUUGUACUCCAACGUCCUGUCCUCUCUUCUGUCUGUGCUGCACUGCACUCCUGCAUCACAUAUGACUAACAAAUGGUGUUUGUGCCUCUUUUUCACGUGGUGAUGUAUGUUCAUUACAUGACCAUUGUAGGUGUUUGGAUUUGAGGGAGUGCAGGUUUUUCUUUCUUCCUAUUCUCGACUGUUGGAUUGACAGCUUCUAUAAAAGUACUACUGUAUAUAAUGCUUUGUGAGUGCACGUGAUGUUUGAGGAUGUAGACGGGAUGUAAACAGUCCUGAUGCCCUUAUCUGUUAUCACUUGUGUUUUAACAGAUGCUAUAUAGAGUUGGAUAGCAAGCCUGUCUCGCUGUGUUCUCAGGGGACCUGUACGUGCAGUAUUCUGGUGCUGCGGCAUCAAUAACUUGAUGUCUCGGUCUCCCCACAUCAAUGCCUCACACUUUGAGCUAUUCUAGUCUCUCGCAUCUGCAUUUCCUCUUUGGAUCUUUGUCUGUCUGUCUUUGUGUUGCCUGAUGUUCUCUCGUCCCGUUACCUUCUGUCACGUGCUCAGUGUAUUUCUUCUGCUCUGACUUCCCUCUCUCCAGUGGCAGGUGUGAGGUGCAGCCUGUGCGAUCCUCUGCCUGUUGGUGCGGUCCGUCGCUCAGCGUCUCUCC